AUGGAGAGCGAGCACGCAGAUGCUGCCGCUCCGGUGGAUGUCUACCACGUAGGCGAAGGACGCUGCCUCGUGUGGGACGCUCCAGGGGCCGAGAGGUUGCGUCGGCAGCAUCGCCUGGUGGGCUGCCUCUUGGGCUCGUUCCCGCAGCACAAGCAACAGAAUCUCUUCCACGCUCUGCCCCUCUUGCUCAUGCCCGAGGAGGUGAGCGUGGCGCUGAAGCGCGGGUGGAUCAGGCUGCUCGAUGACUCGGUGCCCUACGCCGAGCCGCAGACGGCGGACAAGGCCGCGCACGAGCUGAGCAGGCGCGAGGCCCAGGCCCAGCGGGAGAAGGAGCGAGCCGAGCAUCGGGCCAAGGAGAUCCGCUAUUGGGAGCAACGCACCAACGACAGCAGCAACAGCAGCAACAGCAGCAGCAGCCAGAACAAGAAGGACAAGAAGAAGAAGAAGCGCAAGGUCGACGAAGACGACAGUGCUGGCAGCACAGUCGACGAGGCCGCGAGCGUCAGUGCUGGAGACAACGAUGACGCCCGAGCAGCUGGCAAUGAAUCGAAGCUCGAAGCGCCAGAGACGUUGAUGUCAGCAGCGCCGCCACCACCACCAGAAUUGGCGUCGGCGGGGAGUGGCGGCGGUGGCGGAAUGGCGCUACGUGCGGGCGAGGUGGGCGGCAAGCCGUGGAGACGAGAGGAGCGCGCGAUCGGGUGGGACGAGUGGCAGCGGUGCAUGUUCCCGCGCGACGCCCCGCAGGCCGCGCGGCGGCAGGCCGUCUUCGAGGACCUGUGGCUCCGCCCCAACUGCUACAUCACAUCGGGCGGCAAGUUCGGCGGCGACUUCCUCGUCUACCCUGGUCGUGACCCGCUCAUGUAUCACGCGGCCUAUAUCGUGAUCGUGGUCGGGUGGGAGGAGCCGCUGGCGCCCCUGGACAUGGUCGCCGUGGGCCGGCUCGCGGUGGGUGUGAAGAAGGCGACCGUCUUCGCUUCGGUGCGGCACCACCAGGAGACCCAGAACGUCGGCGACGGCGAGCAGCAGACGCAGACGCAGACGUCUUAUCCCCAGAUGGCGGCACCGCCGAGGCGGGUCACCUCCGCGCAAUCGCGGGUCCUGCCCGCCACCACCACCACCACCACCGCUGGUCCCUCCAUGAACCCGCUUGCCCGCUCCCUCGCCCCCACGCGGCUGCCCGGCAGCCCCGCGGGCGCCAGUGGUGGAGUACCGGCCGUGGUGGUGGUGGAGAGUGGGGCGGCGUCGUUCGGGGCGGCGCUGAGCGAGGUGGCGGCGGCCAAGCAGCAGCUGCGACAUGUGGCCGACGAGGACAAGAACUUUGACCUCCCGCCGGGCGUCAAAGAAAUCGACCCCAAGUUCCUGUCGCCAGAGAAGGAGGGCGAGAUGUGGCGACGGGUGGGCAACGAGCAGUGGAGCUCGUGCUGGUUCCUCCUCAAGGACGGUUCCCUCUACAUAUUCCGACGCAAGAGCGACGAGAACCCGCUGGAGGAGUACGUCCUGGAGAACUGUCGCAUCAAGGAGAACAUCACCGCCUCCAAGGACAACGCCUUCGCCAUCGAAUGGCUGAGCACGCGCAUGGAGUGCGCGGCCAAGGAAGAGAUGGACUACUUCCAGUGGAUCGUCGCCCUGCGCGGCGCCAACGCCAUGCUCCGAAACUCGGGGCUGCCGCGGACGGGAGGCACCCUCCGCCGGAGCAAAGAACCGCCGACGCAGCCGCAGCCGUCGCCGCGCCAUUGGCAGCGCGAAGUCCCAUCCCCGUCCUCCGCGCCCGUCAUGGCCCCGGUCUCGCCGCGAACCCCGCUCCCUCCCAAGCUCUCCCCGCGCUCGGGCACCUUCGCCGGCUCCGUGACGACUCCAUUCACCACCGUCGCCCGCCGGCCCUACACCUCCACUUCCUCGUCGGCCACGGCCGGCUCGUCGUCGUCGUCAUCGUCGUCCGGCGGCUCCGGCGUCCAGCUCUCGCACUCGCUUUCGGCAUUGCCGGUGCCGCUGACGUCAUCGCAGUGGUCGUCGGCGUUCACAGACUCUCGGCCGCGGCCGCGGCCGACACCGCUGCAGCUCCUGCCGCCCACCUCGUUCCCGCCGCCUUCGCCCAUGCCCUCGGCCUUGUCCGACCGCGGCGGCGGCGGCGGCGGCUUCCCCUCGGCCGCGGCCUUCUCGGCCCUGCCGCCCCCGCUCGUACUCGACGAUCUGCCGCCGCACCUCCAGCAGCCGCCACACCGCAAGCCCGCCAUCAACACACAGCACCAGCGACGCAACAGCGACGCUGGCCGCUCGGACAAGCGGAGCCACACGGCGGCGGCUGUCAAGGAGGAGGCGGGCCGGGGCGGGAACGGGGACGGGGACGACGGGCGGGACUACGUGCACGAGCGGGAGGGCUGGGUGCGGGUCAAGUGCGGCGGAUUCCGGGGCGGCUGGAAGCGCCUCUACACCGUCCUGCACGAGGGGUCCAUCAACUUCUACAAAUCCGAGAAGAUGGACAAGAAGGCGGGCAAGCACUUCGCGGAGAAGGUGGACGUGAUCUUCUGCUCGGCCAAGGUGGCCAAGAUCACGGCCGCCAAGCGGAAAUUCUGCUUCGACCUCGUCACUUCCAAGCGGAGCUUCCUCAUCUCGGCCGAUACGGGCUCGGACAUGCUCGAGUGGGUGACGGUGAUCCAGGAGGCCCAGACGCGACUCAUGGGCAGCGCCCUCCAGUAUUCCCUCGACUCGAGCACAACGGAGAGCCAGUACGUGGACGGGUCCAUCAACGACGCUCUCAAGCUGAGCAAGCAGCGGCUCGGCGAACUCCUCAAGCGAGAAGACAACUCCAUCUGCGCCGACUGCAGCGCUCCAGACCCGAUCUGGGCGUCGAUCAACCUGGGGAUAUUUAUUUGCAUCAAGUGCGCCGGUGUACACAGGAACAUGGGCGUGCACGUCUCGCAGGUCCGCUCGGUCACCAUGGACAAGUGGGACCCCGACGUGCUCGACUUCAUGGAGGCGAUGGGCAACAGCAAGUCGAAUCGACACUACGAACUCAACAUCGGCGUCAACAACGCAAGCCGCAUCAAGCACGACUCCGGGGACGAACGGGAGAUGUGGAUCAAGGCCAAGUACCUGCAGCUGGCCUUCGCCAACACCCAGGAGCCGUGGCCGCCCAAGAAGAGUGACGUCGUGCCGAACGCGCACGAGGCGCCGGCACCAGUGACGACACCGGCCGCCAACGCGCCCGCGGUGGUGCUGACGACUGCAGCGCCGGCGGCUGCUUCGGCACGUCCGACCCCGACGGCGUCGGCCGAGUGGAACGGGAGCGGCAGCGGCAGCCACUCAACCGCCAGCGGCCGCAAGCUGCUGAGCAGGACUCUCAGCAGCGGGCUGUCGGUCACGGGCAGCCCAGUCGUGCGCAAAGCCAGCGGGAAGGUGACGUUCGCCAACAGGCCAUGA